GUGCGGCCGCGCCCGGCAGCGCCGCGUCCUCCCGGGGUGCGGGGCAGGAUCCGGCCCCCGGGACCCGGGCGGGGUGGGGGGAUGCCAGGCUCCGGGUGCUCCCCGGGGUGCGGGGCAGGAGCCGUCCCUUGGCACCCGAGGGGGUGCCGGGCGCUGGGUGCUCCCCGGGGAGCGGGGCCCGAUCCGGCGCAGUCUCCCCCCCCCGUCCCCCCCCCCAAGCCUUUCCGCGGGGCCGGAUCCCGGCGCUGGGCUGCGGUUGAUGGGGGGCGGCUGGAGCGUGGGGCGGGGGCGCGGGGCCGCCCUGCGCCCCCCGACCUCCCAGCGCAGCCCGGGGCCGCGGGGGGCCGGCGGGGCGCGGUGCAGUGGCGGCGCCGGGCCGUGGGGUGGCACGGCCGAGCCAGCCGGGAGAGCGGCGGCGGACGGGGCUGCUGCCUGGGAGGGUCCCCCUGCACCGCAGCCCCGGCCCCGCAUCCCCACCCUCCUCUCGCCCUGCAUCCCUGCAUCCCUGCGGUCCUGCAUCCCUGCAUCCUCCCAUCCUUGCAUCCUCCCAUCCUUGCAUCCCUGCAUCCCUCCAUCCUCCCACCCCUGCACCCCUCCAUCCUCCCACCCCUGCAUCCCUCCAUCCUCCCACCCCCGCACCCCUCCAUCCUCCCACCCCCGCAUCCCUCCAUCCCCGCGCCCCAGCGCUGCUCAGCACCCUGCAAAGCACCGCAACGCGCUGAGCCCUAACACCGCUUGGCAGCACGGGCCCGGGGGGAGGCUGCAGCUGGGUGCAGCGCCAGCACCGAGGCGUGCGGGGGCUGAGCGGCCCCCCGCACCCAGCACCCACCUUCCGCACAGCCGCCCCGCGCCGGGGAUGAGGCAGCACCGAGGGGGACACGGCUCCGCCGCGCAGCGACGCCGCAGCUAACGCUGGCGGGAGCUCGCCGCCCUCGGCCCACCAUGCCCUCCUCCAAGACCGGCAGCGAGUACUGGAUCGAUGGCUCCCACCGCGAGACGGCCCUGGAAGAUUUCUACGUCGUGGGCCCUGAGCUGGGACGGGGAGCCACCUCGGUGGUGUACAGCUGCGAGGAGAAGGGCACGGGCACCCCGUACGCCGCCAAGAUACUGAAGAAGACGAUUGACAAAAAGAUCGUGAGGACAGAGAUUGGGGUCCUGCUGCGGCUCUCGCACCCCAAUAUCAUCAAGCUGAAGGAGAUCUUCGAGACGCCCUCCGAGAUCGCGCUGGUGCUGGAGCUGGUGACGGGAGGAGAGCUCUUCGACAGGAUCGUGGAGAGGGGUUUCUACAGCGAGCGGGAUGCGGCCCAUGUCGUCAAGCAGAUCCUGGAAGCCGUUUCGUAUUUGCACGAAAACGGAGUUGUCCACCGCGACCUGAAGCCGGAGAACCUGCUCUACGCAGACCUGUCCCCCGACGCUCCCCUUAAAAUCGGUGACUUCGGGCUCUCCAAGAUCGUGGAUGAACAGGACACCAUGAAAACCGUCUGCGGGACGCCGGGGUACUGCGCCCCUGAAAUCCUCCACGGGUGCCCGUACGGCCCUGAAGUGGAUAUGUGGUCCGUGGGCGUCAUCACCUACAUCCUGCUCUGUGGCUUCGAGCCUUUCUUCGACCCGCGGGGGGACCAGUACAUGUACAGCCGCAUCCUCACCUGCGACUACGAGUUCGUGUCCCCGUGGUGGGAUGAGGUUUCCCUCAACGCCAAGGACUUGGUCAGAAAAUUGAUCGUCCUGGACCCCCAGAAGAGACUGACUGUCUACCAGGCUCUGGAGCAUCCCUGGGUCACCGGGAAAGCCGCUAAAUUUGCUCACAUGGACAGCACGCAGAAGAAACUGCAGGAAUUUAACGCCAGGAGGAAACUGAAGGCUGCCAUGAAAGCCGUGGUGGCUUCCAGCCGCUUGGGCAACCACGGGCACCACGACUGCUCCCGCAGCGGGCGCAGCCAGGGGGGUCCCCAGGGCGCCUGCCUGCCCCAGGGGACGGCGACCGCCGGCCCCGAAGCCACCGCCGCCGCGGACCUCGACGCCUUCCGGAGCGACUGCCCCACCGUGUCCAAGGUUCCCGUGAACGGCGCCGGCUGCAAGAGCUAACGCCCUCGGCGCCGCUGCCGGCUCGCCACAGCUUCGACAAGCAAUAUCGCGCUGACCCUCGGACGCCGAGGCGGGGAGAGGCGGGGGAAGGCGGGCGGGACGGGAGCGCCCCCAGCGUAGGUGUGCGUCGGGAGCCCGUGGUCUGUCGUGUGGAGCAUCCUUGUUUAGUGUCCUGUUGCCAGUGGAGUCGUACCUGGUCGCUGUGAGUGUGGUGUGUCUGUAGGGACCCGACGGAGGAAACGAGGCUGGUGACUCGGUCUUCCAACAAAUUAACGGUUUUGGCCACUGUGGCGGGAAAAGAUCCCAAGUGGCUUAAAAACGAGGCGCAAACAGCAAAAAAAAAAAGGAUUUAUUUCACCUUCCCUACGAAGGCAGUAAGUUGUCCUUACGACAGGGUUUUCUAAGUUCCUGUAAAUAGUCCCGAAGGGUUUAUUUGCUGAGGGGAGAGGGUGCGUCCCGGUUAUCGCCAUCGACGGUACACCUACAGUCGCUAUCGCAUCCGCAGGACCCGGCCGUAAGCUUGCUGCUGUAUUAGACGAGGUUUGUAGGAGCCUUUGAACCCAGCUUUGAUCCUAUCCGGAGAAAAAGUGUUUGCCAGUGGUUCCUUUAUUAUCUCUAGACCGUAGACGACCUCUGCUUGAUUCGUGCUUUUGUUCCACUCCAGUUUCGUUUCUUCCCACGUCCAGUCUUGCUGUGGGGACGUGAUGGUGGUAGGGUCGUCACGAACCGGGGACGCCGGCUCGCCCAGCCGCUGCGUUGGCGUUCCAGGUUCCAAUUUACGCGACGAGUUUUAACGAAGAACGACGCGACUCUUGCUACGGUGCGUUGUAAGGCUUCGUAACGUAACGGUGCUGUUGUUUCCCGAGUGAGGACAAAGAGUUUGUACAUAAUUUGUUUGGUUUAUUUAUUUUUUUUUUAAAUGAAUGAAAUCAGUCAACAAACUUCUUGAAAAGACAUUUUUUGGGCAGUUAUUUACCAAGCCGCAGGAUAAGCAUUUGCAGAUUUUAACAGAGAACAAGUAACCAGGCAGGAAAAGCCAUAUUACGCCUGUGGGAUUACAGAAAGCCGGGCGGCCGCUCCGCAGCGCCGGCUGCCGUGAUCCAGCGCGAGGUUUGCUGACCUGAGGCGAUGACCGCGACCUGCAGCCUUUGCCGUUCGGGCCGUACACGUGUAACGAUGUGUUUGGGCAAGAAGAAGCUCAACUGGAGAAGAACGAAAUGCGUACACGAAGUUAAUUUGCCCAGGAUGAGGAUGUACAACCCAGUUGAUAAAGGAGGGGCGGCAAAUGAAAAUUAGUAUUUUGCUGGAGCCGAAAGCUGCCGCUCCAGACACGCGCUCGACGUGGAGGGCGGGUCAGCGGGUCACAGCUGUAAUCAGGAAGGCAAAGGUAACACAGAGACUCUCGUAUUUAUUUACAGCACAAGCAUAAAUCAUAAAGACUACGUGUAAGGGCUGAUCCGUACUGCAUGAAGCUCAUUUAUUGCUUGUAAAGCCGAGCACAGAGGAGAGAUUGGAUGUUCAAGAGGGUUUUUUAACUGGAAAAACAUCAGGUCUCGACUAGAAAUGUGCUCUUUUCUUUUUUUUAACUAACAAUCAUAGGUUCAAUGGGGAAGCAGAGGCACAGCAAGAUUUCACUCUGGAGAAAGCAAACGCUAAGAACAAGGGAGAAUGUUUAGGAAAGGGAAAAAUUAUUUAUUUUUCUUUGCGUUUUGCAGGCGGGGCUGUUGUUUUCUCUCUUUUUUUUAAAUAUAGAGGGCUGAACCUUGCAGUGUGCUGAACUCCGGGCUUUAUCCUAUGCUUAGGGUGACGCUCUCUCUCCUUCAAACUACAUAAUGCAUCCCGGUUUACUCCAACGGGGCCACAACUCCAACUUUAACCACGUUGUUUACUAGCUCAAGUCUUAAAAGACUAUUUUAUAUCUUUUGACACUAAUUUAAACCCCUCGCGGGACCAGGCCAGAGUGCUCAGCACACCCAGAGCCUGUGAAACAGAGAUAGGUGCUGGGAAACGCUAACGUUGCCCGGCCCGCAGACCACCCCUGCUCCUGCGGAAUGGAGGGAAAUGAGGGAUCAAUUAGAUAACAGCGAGCAAAAAAGUGUCUUCCGUGAUGGAAGGCACCCAAGGGAAAACUGUGAGCAAAAAUAAAAAGGAGUUUGCCUCUUACGUUAUGUCAACAAAGUAUUAUUCCACAAAUACCAGUACUUAAAAGGUAGGGAAAAAAAUGUACUCCUGGGAGUAAAGCUAAUAGGAGCUGCCAGUUUGGUCUGUGUACCAUUUUCAGAAUGUGUUUUAAAAACUUACUACUUCGGUAUGGUGGUGACAUUUCCCAUAUUGCAGGUAUUUAUAAAGACGUAUAGACAGCUAAUAAAGUAUCAAACAUGUA